AUGGGUGGCGCGCUGGUGCUCGCGCUGCUGGCGGCGGCGCGCGCCGGCGAGCCCAACGCCACCGACGCGCUCGACGCGCUCGAUGCGCUCGACGCGCUCGCCUCCUCGUCGCCGUCCGCCGCCGACGCGGAGGAGAAGACGCCGCUGUUCCCCACGGACCUGUUCACGGAGGAGCAGCGGCGGUCGGGCGCGGUGCUGCUGCACAUGGUCGGCAUGGGCUACAUGUUCGUCGCGCUCGCGAUCGUGUGCGACGAGUUCUUCGUGCCGGCGCUGGACGUGAUCAUCGAGCGGCUCGCGAUCCGCGACGACGUGGCCGGCGCCACGUUCAUGGCGGCGGGCGGCUCCGCGCCGGAGCUGUUCACCUCCAUCAUCGGCGUGUUCGUGUCCUUCGACGACGUGGGCAUCGGGACGAUCGUCGGCUCGGCGGUGUUUAACAUUCUGUUCGUGAUCGGGGCGUGCGCGAUGUUCUCCCGCACGACGCUGUCUCUCACCUGGUGGCCGCUGUUCCGCGACUGCACGUUCUACUCGAUCAGCCUGCUGGUGCUGAUCUACUGCUUCCGCGACAGCGAGAUCUACUGGCAGGAGGCGCUGGUGCUGUUCUCGCUGUACGGCGCAUACGUGAUGUUCAUGCGGUGGAACCAGCCGGUGGAGCGCGCUCUGAAGAAGCUCAUCUACAAGAACAAGGUGACGCGCGUCAGGAGCACUGACCAGCUGAUGCCGACGGUGAGCUCGCCCGCACAACCCUUGCAUGCAUCCAAAACACUUUGGUGCAGAUUUGUUCUCUCAUCACUUACAAUCCACUUACAGUAACAAACAUUCAUUCAUUAAUACAAACGACAACAAUCAAUUGUAUUACAAAUCAACGCUAUUUAGAAGAAUAUGUGCUUUUAUUGUAACGAACCCACCAAAUCUGCGUCAAACUUUAUUAGCUGUCCAAACGUACAUUCCUGAAACAACCGAAUCCCAGACAACAGAUUGAAUAAUGCAUCUGAAACCCUAGUUAGAUCCCCAUCAUGUUAGUACUGUACCAUUUAGAAAUACAAAUUCAUAGUGUAAAGAUGCUCGUACUUGAAACACCAUGUUACCUAACGCUUCGGUUGUAGCCGUGUAGUAAGCGAUACUCACGCUCGUUUACGUCGCGUGAGCGCCGCGGCAAAUGCUUGUUUAGUUAUGAUUCUCGUGAUUGUAAUCCAUUACACAAUGUUAUAAAGUUAAUUAAGAUUUCAACUGUGAUUACGGAUUAUUAUACAAUUUUAAUUUGGUUAUUUAAGCACUUAAAUGAGCACGUAGAAAAUGUUUCACGGUGAAUUUGAUCAAACAUUUGACCGAAUUUGUACGGUUCCAGUUUACAAAUUGGAUCCGAACAGUGGACUGUUGUAGAAUUUAAAAUGAGAAUGCGACCGAAACUGAACGAAUGAAAAUUGGCAUUCUAAAUUCGAAAUAUCUAUUUAAAUCAAUCCCAUUCACAAAUACCGAGCAACGAUGUGUUUUUAGCUGAACGAUGC